CUCCGAGAGGGAAGGGGAAAACUGCAAAUUCAAGCCGGUUGUGUUAACCUUCAUCUAGCUACACUGAAAUAAAGUCCAAGAAUAACUCAUCUCACUUUCUGUUUUUACUGUCAGCACAUGACGGGUGUCUACUGCAUCUGAACCAUGAGACGUAACCUCCAAGGUCUGAAGGUGUGAGAGUGAGGCCCUGAGAGACCACCGUGGGACCAUGGAGCCUGAUGUGAUCCGCCUGUACUCCUCCUCCCCGCCCCCCCUGGACGAUGGGGCCGAGGAGGACGACGACGACUUCGGGGAUUUCGGGGGCUUCUCGGGGGUGCCCUCCAGCGUCAGCUUCACCGAGUUCGACACCCCGUCCGCCUUCGGCCAGUCCCAGACGGCGACAGCGGCAGACACCUCACCUCCAAACCACUUCGACAGCAGCAGCAGCACCGGGCUCACAGAGCUCAGCCCAGGACCUCUGGGCAGGGUGUCUAUAGAGGACGUUUCUCCGUUCCCAGGCCCUGACAGCCAGGGGCCGGAGUUUGACGGCAGCCGCGAUGGCUGUCCUCCUGGGAAGACCGUUAGUGCCGAGGAGCUGAAAAAGCUGGUUGACCAAACCAGACCCGCCCCUUACUUGAACUCUUCUGACCCGGAGGCGGGCAGCGGUCGGACUGAGGUCGAGGCCUACGACUGCAACGGCGGUUUCGCGGUUGCAGGUGAGGUCCUCACGAAUGGGUUCGCGGCCUUCGACACACAGGACGCCCCCUCCUGCCCUGAGACCGAUCACCCCAAAAACAAAGGGACCGCCGCUCCCACGCCGGACUGCUCCCCUGAGGACGAGUUUGACGAUUUCUUUGCCUUUUCUGGCACUGACGCUCCUAGGGACGAUGGCCAGUCCGCGGGCGUGAGAGAGCACAGAGACGAGGGGGCGUGGCCUGCUGCUGGCGAGGGCGGGUCAGCAGGGGCAGGCAUAGAGGAGAACGGGGUCAGGGAUUCUCACUCUGUAGGCCCUGACCCCCACGAUUACCCCGCCGCGGAAAGCCUGGCCAACGGGCACAGUGACUCACUCGUAGACGAGGACUCGGAGCAAAGGGACGUGAAGCCCUGGGGCGCACAUCGGGAAUCCGCAGCGGAAGGCCAUGCCGAGGGACCCGCUGCCCAGAACGGCACUGAGCAGGCAGAAGAGGGGGUGGAACAGGAGGAGGAGGAGGAGGAGGAGGAGGAGUCGGGCAUGAGCGAAGGAGGGGCAUCGCCCUCAGGCCCGGAGGACGGAGGGGAGGGCACGGAAGGAGGGGAGUGUGUCGCCCCCUCUGGCACGGGCGUGUCGGUCAGCGAGAGCUUUGCCUCCUUCUGCCAGGCCGUGUCCCCGGACGGAGAGGAGGACUUCGGGGACUUCAGCACGUCAGGCUUCGUCCCGCCGGUGUGCCCGGAGGAAGACCUGACAGAGGAGACCGAAGACUUUGGGGACUUUGGGGACGCCAGCUCCUCCGGCGGUCAGGGCUUCGCCGACUUCGAGCGGACGGAGCUCAAGCGGCCGUCUGGGUCCACCGAUUCCGCCAAGGAGUCCGGGGACGAGGUGGACGAGGGGGACUUCGGCGACUUCAGCGCCCCGCAGGACGGCAGCGAAGGGAAGGACAGUCAGGGUUUCGCGGAUUUCCCCGGCAGUGACAGUUUCGCGGACUUCAGCUCGGCGCCUGCAGGGGGCGCUGACGUGGACGCAGGCGCAGGGUGGAGCGCCUUUGGGGACCAGGAGCAGGAGCAGGGCGGAGACGAUUCCUGGGCUGCGUUCGGCCAGGAGCAGAGCACUACACAUUCAGAGAGCGAGGAGAGGCCGCAGGACAGCGCCGCUGCCGCAGCGCCCCCCUCUGGCAGCCCGCAGACCUGCAGGAGGGACAGUCUGUCGGCGGCGCUGGCCAGCCGGCUGGAGCGGCUCUUCCGGGCCAGUUUCCCCGAGGCGCCCGCCCCGGAGGCCCAGGAGGAGGUGCUCUCCCUCAAGGCCCUGCUGGAGCCCCCGGAGUCGGAGGAGCAGAGGGAGGAGGCGAAGGAGGAGCAGAGCGUCGCGCCCCACGGGGAUUUGCGGGCCGUGUGGCGGCAGCUGCAGGAGAUCCACGACGCCCUCGGCCUGAGGUACCAGUGGGGCGGCUCCCACAGCAACAAAGCGCUGCUCUGCUCGCUGGGCAUCGACACCCGCAACAUCCUGUUCACAGGCCAGAAGAAGCAGCCCGUGAUCGUGCCCAUGUAUGCUGCAAGUCUGGGUAUGCUAGAGCCCACCAAAGAGCCCGUGAAACCGAUUUCGGCGGCGGAAAAGAUCGCUUCCAUAGCACAAGCACCUCCUGUGUCCCCAGAGAUGAGCGCGUGUUCACCCGAUCCGAGCCAGGAGGUGCUCCCGCCUGUCCAGUUUGACUGGAGCAGCAGUGGCCUUACUAACCCCCUUGAUGCUAGCGGAGGCUCCUCUCUGCUCAACCUCGAUUUCUUUGGACCUGUGGAAGACUCUAGCUCUAGCAGCGCCACCACUAUCCCAGGUGUGGACCCAGAGCUGUACGAGCUGACCACCGCUAAACUGGACACCAGCAACACGGGCAGCCGCAUAGCCGACGCCUUCGCCCGCCUCAUGUCCACCGUGGAGAAGACCAGCACCUCCACCAGGAAGCCCAAGAAGGAGGAGCACCUGAGCGAGGAGGCGGCCAAGGUGAUCGCGGGGCUGCCAGACCUGUCCUUCAUGCAGGCCAAGGUGCUGAUGUUCCCCGCUACGCUGACCCCGCUGGGCUGCUCCGCCCCCACGCCCGACUGACCUCCUCUCCUCCUGCCCGUCACCGUCUCCCCUCACUCGCCUCGCCGGCUUUCCCACCUCAUCCUCCUAACCCUCCACUCGGCCCUGUUGGAUUCAGUUUCUGCUUUUUCAUUCACAACAUUGCUUUAAUGAAGUUACCCACUUGCCCAUUUCGCUCUGAAUGAAGAAGGGUAGGGCAGAGACCCGGGAAGUGUCUGUGUCCUUAAACAAGCUCUGCAAAUGAUGUAAUAAUGAUGAUCAUGACAGAUGAAAGCAUAUAUUUAUUUAUAGGUCGAAGUCCUACGAAAUAAGUCUUGUUUAUAAUAGGGGAAUCAAUCUGUAAAUAAUCAGGGAUGAACUUCAGUUUUUUUUUUGGUUUCUGGAGUUUUUUUGAGAGAUUGUUCAUUUUUUUCUGUGCUGGGGGUGUGUAAAUGUUUGUCAUUGUUUGAUAACACUGGUUGAAGUCCUUGCGAGGCGCAAGUAAAGUGAAUUUGAAAUAUAUAAAGACAUAUGACAACUUGAAACCACACUGCCUGCAAAAUCCAGUUGAAUGUUUCCCAUCGUGUUGAUUGCCUUAGUUUUUAUUCCCAACUUGUUUUUGCCCUGUGUAGAUUUUUAUCCCUGAAGUUUAAUUUCUUCAUCUGUACAAUUUCCGUCUUUAAUCAUAUUCUUUUGUUUGUUUUGCUGUUUGUCCGAGUGUGUGUCAGUUUAAUACGUGAAUAAUGGUCCGCCCUGUGGCUGUGAACACGGCCAGUUGGUACGGAUACAUGUUUUUGUGCUUCGUUUUUUUCUCUUUUUGGGGCGGGGGGGGUCUUUUUAUGGUUCAAACCACUGACAUAGCGUACUUUAGAAGAAUUAAAAUUUGAAGGAGCUGAAGGCAGUGAUAAUCAACCCAAAUCACAAGGAAUGAGGGACCAAUAUCUGCUUCCAUGUUUCCGGUUACUUAAAUGUUACAAGUGCUUUUGCUCUACUUGUUUUUGUUUUUUCCCCCCCACAUUUCUUUCCCUGUUUUACCACUGUAAACCUGUUAAAAGGAGGAUUUUGCACAUUGUAAAGAUGAAAUGGAUGUAAUCAUAGUUCGCUGUGGCUUCAGACUGUGUACAGUAAAACUAUGGACUGUAAAAUGUAUGGGAAAAUUCCUAUGGAAAAAGACAAUACACUUGAAGAGCCUGUAAAAAGGUUAAUAUGCAUGCCCAGGUUCUUUUCAGACUUUAGUGUGUAAAUUUACUUUUA